UGCUCUAUGGAAGCUGGGCUGGCUGUGGUGUCGGACGAAAUUUUUAUCGAUGUUGAAAUAAUUUUGCUAAAUUCAUUCAAAUUACAGUACCCAUUCUGUAAAAGUUAAAAGAAAAUCAUAAUGAUUCUAGAUAUAGCUCAAUUCGUACACUUUACUUGCAGCAAUUUCAGCAUUUCGUUGUAAUUUGUCAAUGUUGACAGAAUUAACAUCAUCAAGAUGUCGAAGCGCACCGCAGAAGAAAGCGGCAAUGGAAGUAACCAGCCCCCGAUCAAGAAGGUUCACUUCGAACCCCACCUUAUUGGUCCCGUAUCGACCCUGGAGGAGAUGGACAUAAAAGUCCUUCAAUUCCAGAACAAAAAAUUAGCCCAGAGAAUAGAGCAACGUCAUAGAUGUGAAGCUGAAUUGAGAGCAAGAAUUGAACAGUUGGAGAAGCGUCAGACACAAGACGACGCUGUCCUGUGUGUUGUCAACAGAUACUGGAAUCUCUUAAAUGAGGACAUCAGGGUGUUACUGCAACGAUUUGACGCAGAAACAGCUGAUGAAUCAGAAAACAAAAAUGAGAAUGAGGCCACCACUUCAUUCUUAAUGCAACUAUCCACUUGGGAUAAGGAGGAGUUAGAUGCACAGCUUGCCAACAGAGUGCAAGUCAGUAAGAGAGCUGUUGCCAAAGUUUUGCAAGCUUUUGACCGACUGCAGCAGAGGAAUGACAAAAUAUGGAGAGCGAUAAAGGGAGAGGGAGAUGAGGCUGCUCCAGCGCCAUCAUUGGAAGACACAAUACGUGCGACAAAUGAGGAAGUCACCGCAGAGAAUAGGCGUCUACAAGCUCUGUCCACGACACUGCACGAGAGCCACCACGCCAUGACGCUCCGUGUUGCACAACUACAAGAUGCCGUCAACAGCAGAGACACGGAGAAUGCAGAGCUUAAAAAUCAGAUUGAUGAUUUACAGUAUGAAUUAAUGAAGAUUCGUUCUCGCAAUGAUAAGUUAGAGAACCACCUCGCAGAAGCAAUUGAGAAGUUGAAGAGCUACCAUCAGUCUGGUACAACUACCGUCACAACUACUACUCUGCCGGCCGCUGCCAGUGCCAAGUUGGAGGAUGUAGCAGCAGAGUUGGAGGAGCAGAGAGAACUCGCUAACAACCGCCUGGCCGAGCUGGACCGAUUGCACCGACAACAUCGUGAUACUCUUAAAGACCUGGAGAAGCUAAAAAUGGAUAUUCGUCAGCUGCCUGAAUCGGUUAUUGUUGAAACAACAGAGUACAAAUGUCUUCAAAGUCAGUUCUCGGUAUUAUACAAUGAGUCCAUGCAGAUGAAGACCGCAUUAGACGAGACGCGUCUGCAGUUACAGAACGCUAAGAACCUACACAUGAGGCAGAUUGAAAUGAUGGAGAGCGAGGAAUUAUCUAGACAGAAAGCGUUGAGGGCGGAGAUGAUACAGCUAGAAGACGUUCUAGGUCAGCUACGGAAAGAGUAUGAGAUGCUCCGUAUUGAGUUUGAACAGAACCUCGCUGCUAAUGAGCAGACUGGCCCCAUCAACCGAGAGAUGAGACAUUUGAUCACAUCGCUACAGAACCACAAUCAACAGCUGAAGGGAGAGGUGCAUAGGUACAAGAGAAAAUAUAAGGAUUCAAGCCAGGAGUUAAAUAAGAUUCGCAAGGAGUUAGACGAGGCGACGGCUCGCGGCGGCGGCGCGACGACCGAGCAGCCUGAUGAGAAACCGCUCAUUGUCAAGAAGGAGGAACCUGACCCAGAGCAAAAAUGGACCAGUGAAGAGUCAGCUGGCCAUCAAGUCCCCGAAGAAGCAAGCUGUGCGAAUACAGAUCUCAAACCCAUACCGAAAGAGCACAGCCGCGCCAAGCUGCAAGAACAGGAUAUACUCAUCAAAGACUUGAAACAACAACUCAAGAAGGCUGUGAACGAGCAGAAGGAGCUUAAACUGCUGUUGGACAUGUACAAGGGGGUGUCGAAGGAGCAACGAGACAAGGUGCAGCUUAUGGCCGCUGAGCGCAAGGCCAGGCAGGAGUUGGAUGAUCAUAGACAGAAGGCGAAGAUGGCACAGGAGAGUAAGCGAGAGCGGCGGCUGGCGGACGAGGACGCGCUGCGGAAGAUCAAACAGCUGGAGGAGCAGAAAUACGAGCUGCAGAAGCAGCUGUCGUGCGCGCGGCCCGCGGACACCAUACACGCCUUCACGCGACCCUUCGCCGGCUCGCAGGUGACAACCACUGAAGAGGAAGCGCUACUAAACGAGAUGGAGGUGACGGGCCAGGCGUUCGAGGACAUGCAGGAGCAGAACUCGCGGCUGAUCCAGCAGCUGCGGGAGAAGGACGACGCCAACUUCAAGCUCAUGUCGGAGCGGAUCAAGGCCAACUCGUUGCACAAACUGCUGCGGGAGGAGAAGCAGCUGUUGCAGGAGCAGGUGGUAACGCGGGACCAGCAGAUCGAGUCCAUGGGUGCUGUGGCGCGGCGGCUGGAGGAGAAGGAGCGUCUACUGCAGGCGACGUUGUCCGCCGUGGAGAAGGAGCUGCUGCUGCGGCAACAGGCCAUGGAGAUGCACAAACGGAAAGCCAUAGAGUCCGCACAGUCCGCGGCUGAUCUCAAACUGCAUCUGGAGAAGUACCACGCGCAAAUGAAGGAGGCUCAACAAGUGGUAGCGGAGAAGACGAGCGCGCUCGAGGCCGAAGCUUAUAAGACGAAACGGCUACAUGAGGAGCUGGCAGUGCUGCGGCGCAAGGCGGAGCGUAUGAAGAAGAUGGAGCAGGCGGGCAGCAGCAUGGACGAGGUGCUGCUGGAGGAGAUACGGGAGUACAAGGAGACCCUCACAUGCCCCUCCUGCAAGGUUAAACGCAAAGACGCAGUGCUCACGAAAUGUUUCCAUGUGUUCUGCUGGGACUGUCUCCGCACGAGGUAUGAGACGAGACAGCGCAAGUGCCCCAAGUGCAACGCCGCGUUUGGGGCCAACGAUUACCACCGACUGUAUCUGUCUACUUAAAUCCGAACGAGACGUUGUUACAUACGGUCAUACAGAACAUACGGUCUACUCUACCGAACGAACAAGAGAAACGGUCUACGCUUUCGAAAGACCGACGGUCUGCUCUACCGAAAGAAAAAGAGCUUUGGAAAGACCGAAAUCUGCCGAAAAGACCACACGAAGACACGGUCUUGAAACUACGAUCCAUUUCCAUAGAGUGUCUAUUACAGUCUACUCCACUGGAAGGUACAGUCUCUUGACCGUGGAUAGAAAAAUUGCAAUUCUAUAUUAUCUAUCUCCGCUAUAGACUCGUCUACUCGUGGAAGAUUGUAACACAUGGUUUAUUACAAACUACAACUGAUUAACCUGGGUCUGUAGAUUUAGCUGUGAGCUAGAUUCAGUCAAGGAAAGUAAAUGAUAAUUUGCCCACCUUUAGGAUUUACCACUAAAUGUUGAUUUGUACUGUAUAUAAUGUGAAAAUUUGGGUCUAUUUGAAUCCUUUUACUGAGGUCACAUUAAGAACCAUGUUCUAUUGCACUGACUGUCUUCACUUUUUAAUCGAAGAAAAAUGGAGUUUGCCAAAUGACAACUUCUUUCAACUGACCGACAUAAAUUAUGAAUUUAUGUCGGUCAGUUAAAACAUUAGAUAGUUUUGAGAAAAUAUUACUUUUAAGCAACAGUAGCUUUAUAGUAUUAGUUGCAUUUAUUGGAUGGUCGAAAUCUAUGUUGUUUAAAAUCUACGAUUUCAAAAGAUCAGAGUUUUGUACAUAAUAUUAUUGCACUUACAGAGCAUAAUAUUUAUUAGAUAUUAAAGCAUUAUGAACAUUUUGGUAAUGUCUAUAAAAUCACUAAAACAUUAUGUUAAAGCUCCUAAAAUAUGUAAUAAGAUUUCAGAUUUGUAAAAAAAAAACUUAUGCACUGCACUUAAAAAUUCGCAACACAUUAGAAUAUAUUAAUAAGU